GAUCGAUCACAACAACGCAUCGGCAGGUACAUACAGAAACCGAUUCUGGGUGAGUGACGAGUUCUAUCAAGCCGGCAAGCCGAUCUUGGUUUACGACGCCGGAGAAACGGAGGCAGCCUCGGUCGCGCAGGCGCACCUCACUUCGUCGCUGUCAUUCUUCCGGUCAACUCUGGAGGAAUUCAAUGCCAUGGGGAUCAUUUGGGAGCAUAGGUUCGUCUACCCGCACCGGAGAUGCUUGGGUCGGCUCCGUGGACUGACGGCGUCAGAUACUAUGGCAAAUCGACCCCCUUCCCUGUGAAUUAUGACACUCCGCCAGAGGACUAUCAAUACCUCACAACCAAGCAAGCGCUCGCAGAUCUCCCGUACUUUGCACGGAAUUUCAGUCGCAAGGCCCAUCCCGAUGUCGAUCUCACUCCCGCAGGAACCCCCUGGGUCAUGAUCGGUGGCUCAUACGCUGGCAUCCGCGCGGCUUUGACUCGUCAGGAGUACCCGGAUACCAUUUUCGCUGCCUGGUCCUCCUCGGCCCCGGUACAGGCCCAAGUGAAUAUGACGAACUACUUCGACCAGGUCUACCGAGGAAUGGUGGCCAGUGGGUGGGCCAACUGCACCAAGGACAUUCGUGCCGGGCUAGAAUACAUCGAUGAGCAGCUGUCGAGUAAUCAAACGGCAGGGUCGAUAAAGCAACUGUUCCUCGGCUCGGAAGCCGAGAAGAACUCCAACGGGGACUUCACAGCCGCGCUGGUGGCGAUGUACGGGAGUUUCCAGUCGUAUGGCAUGGACGGGGGCACGGCAAGCCUGGGGGCUUUCUGCGAGUACCUGGAAGCCGACCCGAACACCAACCAAACUGCCGGUCCCGAUGGGCUGGCCCCCAUCUACGGCAAGCAAUAUGUGGCGGAGCGCUGGGCGGCUUGGCCCGUGCUGACGGCCCUGGUCAACCAGAACAUGGACACCAAUUGCAGGGGCCAGAACACCAGCCUGCCGCUGGAAUGCGAUCUGAGCAAGCCGUACGGCGACCCUUCAGCCAUCAGCUGGACCUGGCAGUACUGCACCGAAUGGGGGUUCUACCAGGCCAACAAUGCCGGCCCCCAUGCGCUGCUCUCAAGCUAUCAGACCCUCGAGUAUCAGCAGCAUAUCUGCAACCGGCAGUUCCCCGACGCGAUCAAGAAGGGGCUCUUACCGGUCCAGCCUCUGACGGACCAGACCAACCGCGAGUUUGGCGGGUGGACCAUCCGACCUUCGAACACAUAUACUAGUGGAGGGGAAUUCGAUCCGUGGCGGACCUUGUCCGUCCUGUCGACAGAGGAUACAGCACCCCAGGGCGUUCAAUUCUCCAGCGACAUUCCGUUGUGUGGGGUGACGACCAAUGGGAACACGGUCUUUGGAUAUAUCCUGGAGGACUCGGAGCACUGCUUCGACUUUCAGAUGCUCCCCACAGCCGGGAAACUGUCACGCGGGAUGUUCAGCACGGCGCUGCUGCAGUGGCUGCCGUGCUUCGGGACAGGAGCGGGGACGUCAACCAAGAGUUGAGAGAGAGAAUGGAUCGACCAAUUUCAAUGUACAUAUUAGGCCACAAUCAGAUAGAUGUUCUGAGUUUCCAGCAGAUGGCAGAAGAUUAGGGAAAGAAGGAGCUGGGUGGAUAAUGCUUGCGAAUUUCCCCGGCCUCCGAGCCUCGAGCCAUAAAAUCACGA